CUUAUUUUAUUUUUAUUCACUGAAUUUAAAUGACAUAAUUAAAGAAAAAUUAAAAAUAAUUUUUUUUAAAUAUCAUAUAUAUUCGAUUUUUAAUAUUACAAAGUCUCUUUACUCAAUAAUUGUAACUAAACACAAAAGAAAUAAACAUGAGUGCAUAAAAGUGAAAAAAUCACUUAAAUAAUCGCGCCGUCUCCGACAAAUUAGGGUUUCUCACUCCCGCAGACAUUGCCUCCGAUUGCGCUUCUCUCUCGCUCCUAAUUCCAACCCGUCUCAGCUCUUCGCCAACCCCAUUUUCAUACAAUCGGAUUCUACUGUGAAAUCUAGAAUGCGUUCCAUGGCUCGGAACAUAAUAAGCAUAGGGGGACCGGGAAAGUUAAUAUUUUUCUAAGUGGUGUUCAUGAAUAAUUUUCUACUGCCCAUGUAUAAGGAAAUGCCUGCAGAAUUUUCUCUGUCAUUGCUGCUGCAGAAUAGAUUCAUCAUGAUGGAGAUUCUGUAGUUUUUGAAGCUAAUAAGCUUAGGAUCUGGUAGCAAGUUCUUGCUUAGAUUGUAUUGUAGUAGUGGACUUUAUUAGGUCCACUUGCCAUAAGCAGGUGCAAUGUAUUAGAAUGUUGUACAUAGGGAAAAUGGAAUAAUUUUUUAAGUUGGUGUUCAGUAAGUUCUGAAUAUUUUGGGGAAGCAAGUGUAAUAGAUUUUUGUGAGUUACUCUGAAAGAUAGCUAAAACGGGGUCGCUCUGUUGUGUGGCUGCCAGGCCACAUGGAUCCAAUGCAGCCAGCAGGGAGUGGUCUAUGGGGACGCAUGAGCCUUACUGGCAAACUAAUUCAAGCUUCUCACCUCCCCCAUCGAGGUGGGAUUUCCGCUUCCAAUCUGAUGGGCUAUCACUUGGUUCUCCUGAUGGCAUUCCAUUGAAUGGUUCUUCAACAUCGUCGAAUAGUAGAGAAAGUCAGAGCUGGAUGAGAGGAAGCCAUUUCGCCAAUCACCAAUAUGUGACAUCUGAUGUUGUUGCACAGUACUUUAGUAGUCCAUCUGACAUCUCUCCGGCCCAGCAGUGGACUCCGCCAGCAAUACAAGACAUCAGUGUUGAUGAUUAUGGAACUUCAAGGAGAGGUCUGGGGCCAUUAUCCUUUUCACCAACAAUGGAGGGAACAUCUGCAGCUCAGGAUAGCAGAGGCUCUACUUCAUCUCGAUCGGACAGUAGUGGCUAUGAGCCAAUGGUCAAGUCUCAUUCCCCUAAUCGUCACUUUUCAAGUCGGCGUUGCUUUAUGUCGAAACCUGUUCAUCCAGUGUGCUUUCCGUCCGAAGCACCUACAAGGGAAGCUUCUGACACCACAGCCAUUGGUCUUUCAGAGUUCGAUGCCACGACUCCACAUAGAGAGAAAAAUCGCUUGAGCAGUGCUAGUGGCAGUAUUGAGUUCAAAGAUGUUUCUGAGUCAUUUGAAUCUGAUCUUUUUGGUCAAUCAUGCAAUCCAUCUGAUGUUUUCACAUGCGGAUUGUGUAAGAGGUUUCUUUCCCAGAGAUCACCUUGGAGUUCUCGUCGAAUUGUGAGAAGUGGCGAUAUGCCAAUUGCUGGAGUUCUUUCGUGCUGUCAUGUUUUCCAUGCUGAAUGCUUGGAGCAAACAACACCAAAGACUUGCAAAAAUGACCCUCCCUGCCCACUCUGUCUGAUAUCCGAAGGGGAGAGGUCCCCCGAGCUGCGAGUGAUUUCCAAGUUGGGGAAUGUUAUUCCUAUGCAUAAACCAUUUAGUGAGGAUGGACCAUCUAGGCCAUGGGGUUGUGCUCAGGUGGGUGAUUGUGUUGAAGGGGCUCUGCGUGCACCGCCUCGCAAUUAUAUGUUGUUACUCAAUCGGAAUCGCCUGAAAAAGAAUCUUUCCUUGAAGGGUCAUUCAGGCAAGGAAUUCCCGGGGAAGCCAAGGAAAAGUGGAUCAUAUUUGCCCCAAUUAUUUACUGGGUCAGUUGAUCAGGGUUCAGCUGGGUCCUCGAACCCAGCACAGGCCCUGCAAUGAAAUGAUGAUGAAAAUUCUGUACAUAACUGCAGACAAAUUCUCCAAUUGAUUUAUCAUUGGAGUUGUCUGAGAUUGCAAGUCUGAAGCUGAUGAAUCAGAGUAGGUGGUUCGAUGAUGUUGUAGUCUUAAUUUAGUGGAAAAUGUGGUUAAUUAUGUGCCAUGACAAAGAUUGGAUACAUGCGUUUCCUUUCAGCAUAUUGUUUCUGAUGCAAUGUAAUCACGUUGUCAUUUCUCUCUGUUUUCUGGAAUUUGGCUUCACUAAUUCGUUGGUGAGAUUUUUUUGAUUGACUGCUGGAUGCAAUUGUGUCGAGUUAAUUUUGGCUAGAUG